GCGGGGUGUGUGUAGUGUGUGUGCGAGGAAGAGAGAGAAAGACGGAGACGGCAUCGCACACACACACAAUUUUAUAUAUAUAUAAAAUAAAAUUAACGCGGAAUAUAUAUUUAAAUCGCACCGAAUACCGUUAGAUUAACAAUAACAAAAAGUGUUGGCUGGUUCACAGAAAGUGUGGCGGGAGUUACUGUUGUUACUCCGGCUGGGUCACAACAACUCUGGAUUACCCCCACCUAAAAAAACACAAUAACUUUAGUUAGUUGGCUAACACUCGUGUUAGCUAACUUAAGGGAAAGUUUUGUGCCGAUUAUGUCUGGAAGCGAGGACGACAGGGAUGACUACGGAGCCCCCGAGGAGCGAUUAAUGCACGACGAUGAGGACAUCUCGGAGAACGAGGCUCCGAAGGUGAUAAAGAAGAAGAAGAAGGCGAAGAAGAGCAAAGAGAGCAAAGGCAGCAAGAGGCGGUCGCGCAGAGAGGAGCUGGCCAUCAGCUCGCCAGAGCCCAUGGACAUGGGUGGUGCGGAGGAGGCCGGGGAAGGCGGCGCCUCUGUCCAGCGCUCGGACAGCGAGGGCAGCGACUACACUCCAGGCCGCAAGAAGAAGAAGCGAGCCAGCAGCGGCAAGGAGAAGAAGAGGAGCAGCAGUGCCGGCGAACGGAGCUCCUCCAAGAAGAAAGAGCCAGAGCCCGACGACGACGACGAUGACGACGACGAUGACGACAGCUCGGAGCCAAAGUCUUCGUCGCAGCUGCUGGACGACUGGGGCAUGGAGGACAUCGACCACAUCUUCUCAGAGGAAGACUACCGCUCUCUGACCAACUACAAAGCCUUCAGCCAGUUUGUCAGGCCCCUCAUUGCAGCCAAGAACCCCAAGAUCGCCGUGUCCAAGAUGAUGAUGGUUCUGGGCGCCAAAUGGCGCGAGUUUAGCACCAACAACCCUCUAAGGGGAGCCGCCGCUGCCAACGCCGCACUGGCCACCGCCAACGUUCCUGCCGCAGUCGACAACAUGGUGGCAGAGGUCGCCCCGCCCGCCCCGCCCGCCCCCGCACCUCUCACACCAGCAGAGCCUCCACCCCCGCCCCCGCCUGCACCCCCGCUACGCAAGGCCAAGACCAAGGAAGGCAAAGGUCCCAACGCUCGCAAGAAGUCAAAACCUGCACCCAAACCACAAGAGAAGAAGAAUAGCACCAAGACCAAGAAAGUGGCUCCACUGAAAAUCAAACUGGGAGGCUUCAACAGCAAAAGAAAACGCUCAUCGAGCGAGGAGGACGAGCCGGACGUGGACAGUGAAUUAGAGGACGGCAGCAUGAACAGCGUCUCUGUCUCGGAGGGAUCGAACAGUCGCAGCAGCCGCAACAAGAAGAAGACCUCAAAGAGCAAACCCAAGAAGAAGAAAGAAGCAGAAGAUGGCGACGGUUAUGAGACGGAUCACCAGGACUACUGCGAGGUGUGUCAGCAGGGCGGAGAGAUCAUCCUGUGUGACACCUGUCCCAGAGCCUAUCACAUGGUCUGCCUGGACCCUGACAUGGAGAAGGCACCUGAGGGCACCUGGAGCUGCCCGCACUGUGAGAAGGAGGGCAUCCAGUGGGAGGCGAGAGAGGAGGUGUCAGAGGGCGAGGAGGACAACGUUGACGCCGGGGAGAUGGAGGAGGACGACCACCACAUGGAGUUCUGCCGCGUCUGUAAGGACGGAGGAGAGCUGCUCUGCUGCGACUCCUGCCCGUCGUCGUACCACAUCCACUGCCUCAACCCGGCGCUGCCCGAGAUCCCAAACGGAGAGUGGAUCUGCCCACGCUGCACGUGUCCUCCCAUGAAGGGGAAGGUCCAAAAAAUCCUGACCUGGCGAUGGGGUGAACCGCCCCCUCCCACACCUGUGCCCCGCUCUCCCGACCUUCCAGCUGAUGCCCCUGACCCCGCCCCGCUGACAGGGCGGCCGGAUAGGGAGUUCUUUGCCAAGUGGUCCGCCAUGUCGUACUGGCACUGCUCUUGGGUCACAGAGCUGCAGCUGGAGCUCCACUGUCAGGUGAUGUUCAGGAACUACCAGAGGAAGAACGACAUGGACGAGCCGCCGCCCAUCGACUUUGGCGACGGAGAGGAGGACAAGAGCCUGAAGAGGAAGAAGAAGGACCCGAUGUACGCUCAGCUGGAGGAGAAGUAUCUCCGCUUCGGGAUCAAGAUGGAGUGGCUGAUGAUCCACCGCAUCCUCAACCACAGUGUGGACAGAAAGAACAACGUCCACUACCUGAUCAAGUGGAGGGAGCUGCAGUACGACCAGGCCACCUGGGAGGCCGAUGACAUGGAUGUACCCGAGUUUGACCCCUACAAGGUUCAGUACUGGAACCACAGAGAGCUGAUGAUGGGAGAUGAGGGGCGACCUGGGAAGAAGAUCAAGGUGAAAGGUCGCGUGAAGCGUCCAGACAGACCUCCAGAGAACCCGGUCAUUGAUCCGACAAUAAAGUUCGACCGUCAGCCCGAGUAUCUGGACAGUACGGGCGGGACGCUGCACCCGUAUCAGCUGGAGGGUCUGAACUGGCUGCGCUUCUCGUGGGCUCAGGGAACAGACACCAUCCUGGCCGAUGAGAUGGGACUGGGAAAGACGGUGCAGACCGCCGUCUUCCUCUACUCGCUCUACAAAGAGGGUCACUCCAAGGGGCCUUUCCUGGUCAGCGCCCCUCUCUCUACCAUCAUCAACUGGGAGCGAGAGUUUGAGAUGUGGGCGCCCGACAUGUACGUGGUGACCUACGUGGGCGAUAAAGACAGCAGGGCCGUCAUCAGGGAGAACGAGUUCUCGUUCGAGGACAACGCAAUCCGAGGAGGGAAGAAGGCAUCCAGGAUGAGGAAAGAUUCGUCAAUUAAAUUCCACGUCCUGCUCACAUCCUAUGAGCUGAUCACGAUCGACAUGGCGAUCCUGGGCUCCAUCGACUGGGCCUGCUUGGUGGUGGACGAGGCUCACAGGCUGAAGAACAACCAGUCCAAGUUUUUCCGGGUGUUGAACAACUACCCUCUGCAGCACAAACUGCUGCUGACAGGAACUCCUCUGCAGAACAACCUGGAGGAGCUGUUCCACCUGCUCAACUUCCUUACACCAGAGAGGUUCAGUAAACUGGAAAUUUUCCUGGAGGAAUUUGCCGACAUCGCGAAGGAGGACCAGAUCAAGAAGCUGCACGACAUGCUGGGUCCACACAUGCUCAGGAGGCUGAAGGCCGACGUCUUCAAGCACAUGCCUUCAAAGACGGAGCUCAUCGUCAGAGUGGAGCUCAGCCCCAUGCAGAAGAAGUACUACAAAUUCAUCCUGACGAAAAACUUUGACGCUCUGAAUACAAAAGGAGGAGGGAACCAGGUUUCUCUGCUGAACGUCGUCAUGGACCUGAAGAAGUGCUGCAACCAUCCCUACCUCUUCCCCACUGCUGCCAUGGAAGCUCCAAAGAUGCCGAACGGGAUGUACGACGGCAACUCGCUAACAAAGGCCUCUGGGAAACUGACUUUGCUGCAGAAGAUGAUGAGGAAGCUGAAGGAGGGAGGACACAGGGUGCUCGUCUUCUCUCAGAUGACUAAGAUGUUGGACCUGCUUGAGGACUUCCUGGAGAAUGAGGGCUACAAGUACGAGAGGAUCGAUGGAGGAAUCACAGGCGGAAUGAGACAGGAAGCUAUCGACCGCUUCAACGCACCUGGUGCUCAGCAGUUUGCCUUCCUGCUGUCAACAAGAGCCGGAGGUCUGGGCAUCAACCUGGCCACGGCCGACACCGUCGUCAUCUACGACUCGGACUGGAAUCCUCACAACGACAUCCAGGCCUUCAGCAGAGCUCAUCGUAUUGGUCAGAACAAGAAGGUGAUGAUCUACCGCUUUGUCACAAAGGCGUCUGUGGAGGAGAGAAUCACUCAGGUUGCCAAGAAGAAGAUGAUGCUGACUCACCUGGUGGUCCGGCCUGGUCUCGGAUCCAAGACGGGCUCCAUGUCCAAACAGGAGCUGGACGACAUCCUGAAGUUUGGAACAGAGCAGCUGUUCAAGGAUCAAGAGGGAGAAGGUGAGAACAAGGAGGAGGACAGCAGCAUCAUUCACUACGACGACAAGGCAAUCGACCGCCUGCUGGACCGGAACCAGGACGCCACGGACGACACCGAGCUGCAGAGCAUGAACGAGUACCUGAGCUCCUUCAAGGUGGCUCAGUAUGUGGUCAAGGACGAGGAGGAGGAGGAGGAGGAGGUGCAGCGCGAGAUCAUCAAGCAGGAGGAGAGCGUGGAUCCAGAUUACUGGGAGAAGCUGCUGCGUCACCACUACGAGCAGCAGCAGGAGGAUCUCGCUCGCAACCUCGGCAAAGGAAAGCGUAUCCGCAAACAGGUCAACUACAACGAUGGCUCGCAGGAAGACAGAGCUGAUUGGCAGGACGAUCAGUCUGACGGCCAAUCAGAUUACUCCGUGGCGUCAGAGGAGGGAGACGAGGACUUUGACGAGCGGUCGGAAGCAGCAAACUCUCGCAGGCCGAACAGGAAGGGCCUGAGGAAUGACAAAGAUAAGCCACUGCCCCCCCUGCUGGCCAGGGUGGGAGGCAACAUUGAGGUUUUGGGUUUCAACUCUCGGCAGAGGAAGGCCUUCCUGAACGCAGUGAUGCGUUAUGGGAUGCCUCCGCAGGACGCCUUCACCACCCAGUGGCUGGUCCGAGACCUGCGAGGGAAAUCUGAGAAGGAGUUCAAAGCGUACGUGUCUCUCUUCAUGCGUCAUCUCUGUGAACCCGGUGCUGACGGCGCAGAGACCUUCGCCGAUGGCGUCCCCAGGGAAGGGUUGUCACGGCAACACGUCCUCACACGUAUCGGCGUCAUGUCACUCAUUCGUAAGAAGGUUCAGGAGUUUGAGCAUGUGAACGGUCAGUGGUCCAUGCCGUGGAUGGCCGAGCUGGAGGAGAACAAGAGGGCGGCGGCUGCAGCGGCGGCGGCUGCGGCGGCGGCCGCUCAGCCUGACUCGCCCGGGAAAACGCCGUCCACUGGGACUCCUGCCGACACGCAGCCCAACACGCCUGCUCCAGUCGACGAAUCCAAGAGCGAUGAAGCUCUGAAGGACGGAGAGAAGGAGGUGAAGAAAGACGGCGAGGCGGAGAAGAACGGCAAAGAGCCCGUGAAGGCGACUGACGAGGUGAUCGCCAUCCCAGAUGACGAUGAGAAGAGUCCGCCGGCGGUGGCACCGGUGGCAGACAACAAGGAGGAGGAGGAGAAGAAGAAGAAGAACGACGAGGAGCCGAUGGAGACGGACAAGCCGAGCAAUGGAGAAGCAGAGAGCGAGAAGGACGGAGAGAAGGAGGCGGACGGUGACAAGAAGAGUCCUGAGGCGGCAGAGGAGACCAAGUCUCCCUCAGAGGAGAAGACGGAGGGGUCAGAGGUCAAACCAGAGGACCCCGAGGUCAAAGCAGAAGAAAAGAAAGAAGAGAAGAUGGACAUCACUCCUCCUGCAGAGGACAAGAAAGAUGUGAAGGAGGAGAAAGAGGUGUCGAAGCCUGAGGAGGCGGCGAAGCUUCAGAACGGUGACGGCGGUAAAGAAACCGCUAGCGUCGGAGCGCCGAGCGAGGAGAAGAAGAAGGUGAAGACCAGGUUCAUGUUCAACAUCGCAGAUGGUGGAUUCACAGAGCUUCACUCUCUGUGGCAGAACGAGGAACGCGCUGCUACGGUUACAAAGAAAACCAACGAGAUCUGGCACCGUCGCCAUGACUACUGGCUGCUGGCCGGCAUCAUACAACACGGUUACGCUCGCUGGCAGGACAUCCAGAACGACGUGAAGUUCGCCAUCCUCAACGAGCCGUUCAAAGGCGAGAUGAACCGAGGGAACUUCCUGGAAAUCAAGAACAAGUUCCUCGCAAGAAGAUUCAAGCUGUUGGAGCAGGCGUUGGUGAUCGAGGAGCAGCUGCGUCGCGCCGCCUACCUCAACAUGUCGGAGGACCCGUCGCACCCGUCCAUGGCCCUGAACACGCGCUUCAGCGAGGUGGAAUGUCUCGCAGAGUCGCACCAGCACCUCAGCAAAGAAUCCAUGUCCGGGAACAAGCCGGCCAACGCCGUCCUGCACAAAGUGCUGAAGCAGUUGGAGGAGCUGCUGAGCGACAUGAAGGCUGACGUCACUCGUCUCCCGGCAACCAUCGCGCGGAUACCACCGGUUGCCGUGCGGCUCCAGAUGUCGGAGCGGAACAUCCUGAGUCGACUGGCGAGUCGAGGCCCCGAGACACAAACACAGGCACAAACACAACAGAUGUCACAACAGUAGACUGAAACUUGGCUCUUUUACCUCGGGAACCGCCCCCUGCCUCACCUUGACAUUCCUGAUUGGUGCACAGCAAAACGACAGACCAAGCUUGAAGCCACGCCCACUUAAACCCAUCACCCCCUCGCCCCGCCCCAAACAGACUGUACAGAGUUUUUCUGGAUGAUUGAAACCCCGCCCCCUCCUCGUUGACCCCAAAGUUUGAGGCUGUGGACAGAAAAGCUAUUUUAUUUUUUUUUCCUCCUUUUUUCAAUUUCUGUAUUAAUAUUAUUGAUAUAAUGUUAUUAUGAUGUUUUUUUGGAACCUAAAUAAAAAAAAUCCAAUAAAA